GUUUAAUAUUAUAAACACAUGAGAAAUUAUGUUUUUGAUUUGGCCCGCGGGCCUGUGUUUGACACCCCUGCGGUAGAAUAAAACAGGGCAGCCAUGUGGAGAGAAAUACGUGAAGCAGAAGCGCAGUGAGAAACUUUCACGGACCAACAUACGAUGGGUUGUUUUUUUAUCAUGGCACCGCUUUAUUCCAAACCAGCGACUGCUCUCAACGCUCUUAUCAGCAUUUUAACUCGAAACCUUCACUGGAGCGCGCACCAGGCAACUGGCUGAUGUGUUCAUCAGAGAUUCUAACGUACGCGUCAUAAAGACCUUCGACGUCAUAAGCGUUCAUGGGUUUCUUGUGGUGAUGUGACGGACUGGCCGUCAUUUCAGAGUUUGUUUUGUUGCCGAGUAAAAUAUAUUCAAAUUGACUGCAAUGGCAUCCUUUUUAAGAAGACUGUGUUCCCUAUUCUGCUGCUUGAAGCCACAAGAGGAAGCUGAAAGCAUGAGAGCUGAGAGCCAUGAAUUUCGGUCAUUCGAAAGAAGGGGUGAAAAAAAAGAAGUAUUCACGUUUCAAAGGAAGCAAAGGAUGGCCAGCCUGCCUGAUCAGCAUCAUGACAAGGCCGUGAUCAGUGAACACAAAAUAGCUUAUAUUAAUUUGUGUCCAAAAAUCCUUAUUAAGGAAAUGAUUAAUUCUGAUCAGCUCGUUGUGGCAGAAGUUCUGCCCUCGGACUUGCCUGAAUGUCAGCCUGAGGAGCAGAAUAAAGGUGGUGAUGGUAGUUUGACAGAAUAUAGUGAGAAGGAGGUCAUAGCAUGUGAUGAUGAUGUGGACGAUGGGGAAGAGGAAUCUGAAUUGGACAAGAAAGAAGAUUUUUCAGAUGCAGAGUUUUUAGCGAUUCCCUCGGAGAACAACGAGUCCUUGUACAGCAGUGAUUCUGACAAUCCACAUCACUACUUCUGCUCUACUGAACCCAAAGUAAUGGCUUCAGAACUUGACUACUGCAUAAAUGAUGAGGAUGCUGUUCCUUCUCAUCCUCAAGAGAAAGCUGUAAUGGAUUCAGAUGGUGAUCACUGUGAGGAUGAGAAUGAGAACCCUGUUCCUCAUUGUCCUCAAGAGAAAGAGGAAACCAAGUGGAGUAAAGAAUGUUCUGACUCAUCUGACAAUGAAGAUACAGAAAUGCCUGAAGAAGGCAGAGAGUUAUGGGAGUCCUUAAACAAUACUGAUCCUGAAGAUCAGUUCCAGUUCUACUCUUCUAAACUCAGAUUAAUGACUUCAGACUUCAGUGAUCAAUGUGAGGAUGAGGAUGCUGUUCCUUUUUGUUUUCAAAAGAAAGAGGACACUGAUUCUGAUUGGUCUGAUGUAGAAUAUGCAGGAAAUCCCAGAGAAAGCAUAGAAUUCUGGAAUUCCUUACACAACAAAGUUCCCGAUAAUCCAGUGUUCGUCUGUCUUAAUGAAACUAAAACAAAGGCAUCAAGCACAAAGAAAACAGGGAAAAAGGUGUGUUUCAGUAAGGAGGUGACUGUCCAUAUACUCGAGGAAUGGCCCAUCGAAAGUCAGGAAGCACAAGAUGAGUCUUGCUGGAUGGAGAUGGCAAUUGAUAGACAACGUUUUAAAAGGAGAGUGGAGCUAACUGAAAAGAUCAUCAGCCCGUAUCUUAAAACUGUUUACUGUUACUGACUGCACUAUAAUAACUUUUUUCCCUCUGUUAUUGUGACCAAUUUUGCACUGAUCCACAAUUUUAUAUUUUAUUACAUGUAUACAACAUUCCUGAAUAUACAUUAUGUGGUGCUUUUGUUAUGGGGUGGUGCUAAAAACAGUUUCUAAUAAACAUUAUAUCACUUUCA